UGGGCCCUUUGGCGAUGCCGAAAGUACGAUGAACAGUAUGACUUAACCUCUUCAGCUUAUACCCAAUCUCUUCCCCAUAUCUGAAUCUCUUGACCUUUUUCUUCUUCCAUUUAUCUGAAUCUUCACUCACAUUGAUUCCCCCAAUUUUGUUGCACUAAUGAAGCACAAAACCCACUCCCUUUCCUCCACUCGCUUACUCAAACUCCUUCUUCUCGGAUUCAUCAUCCUUCUCGCCCUCCUUUGCCUCUAUUAUGGAUCCUCUUUCGCUCCCAGCUCCCGCAGAUCUGAUGGGGAAGAUUCUGAUCCUCUUUUUUCUGGUGACCUUUACACUCGUGAUUUCGAUGAUUUGCAUGAACCUCGUCGAGACCUGACUCUUCAUGUCCCUCAGUCUAUACCUAUCUGCGAUGAAAGGUUUUCAGAGUUGAUACCUUGUUUAGAUAGAAACCUUAUUUACCAAUUGAAAUUGAAGCUCAAUUUGAGUUUGAUGGAGCAUUAUGAACGGCAUUGUCCUCCUCCUGAACGCCGCUAUAAUUGUCUAGUUCCUCCUCCUACUGGUUAUAAGAUCCCAAUAAGAUGGCCAAAUAGUAGGGAUGAAGUGUGGAAGGCUAACAUACCUCAUACACACCUUGCACAAGAAAAAUCAGACCAGAACUGGAUGGUUGUGAAUGGGGAUAAGAUCAAUUUUCCUGGAGGUGGAACUCAUUUUCAUUAUGGAGCUGAUAAGUAUAUAAUUGCACUUGCAAAGAUGCUUAAGUUCCCUGGUGAGAAGCUCAACAAUGGUGGAAAUGUGCGGAAUGUCCUAGAUGUUGGUUGUGGGGUUGCAAGUUUUGGAGCAUAUCUUCUUUCACAUGAUAUUAUUGCUAUGUCACUUGCUCCUAACGACGUGCACGAGAACCAAAUACAAUUUGCACUUGAGAGAGGGAUUCCAUCAACUCUUGGUGUUUUGGGAACAAAAAGACUCCCCUAUCCAAGUAGAUCAUUUGAGUUGGCUCAUUGCUCUCGUUGUCGAAUUGAUUGGCUACAGAGAGAUGGAAUUCUGUUAUUAGAACUUGACAGGUUACUGAGACCUGGAGGUUAUUUUGCGUACUCCUCUCCUGAAGCUUAUGCACAUGAUCCAGAAAAUAGAAAGAUUGGAAUGGCUAUGCAUGAUAUCCUGAAAAGGAUGUGCUGGAAAGUUGUUGCCAAAAAAGAUCAAACUGUCAUAUGGGGAAAGCCAAUAAGUAAUAGCUGUUACUUGAAAAGAGAUCCAGGGACUCUUCCACCCUUGUGUAAUUUAAACGAUGAUUCAGAUUUGACUUGGAAUGUGUCAAUGCAAGCAUGCAUAUCCCGAUACUCUGCAAAGAUGCACAAGCAAAAAGGAAGUGGACUAGUUCCUUGGCCACAGAGACUUACUUCAGCUCCACCACGUCUUGAAGAAGUUGGUGUCAGUGCAGAAGAAUUCAAAGAAGACAGUACUGUUUGGCAGCUUAGAGUUGCAGAAUAUUGGAAAGAAAUGAGAUUAGUCGUACAGAGGGACUCCAUCAGAAAUGUGAUGGAUAUGAAUUCCAAUCUUGGGGGGUUUGCUGCUGCACUGAUUAAUAAAGAUGUCUGGGUGAUGAAUGUUGCUCCUAUCAAUUCUUCUGCAAAGUUGAAGAUCGUUUAUGAUAGAGGCUUAUUAGGAACUGUUCAUGAUUGGUGUGAAGCAUUUUCCACAUAUCCUCGCACCUACGAUCUUCUUCAUGCUUGGGGUGUAUUUUCGGAAAUUAAUGUUCGUGGAUGCAGUAUGGAGGAUCUAUUAAUUGAAAUGGAUCGGAUUCUAAGGCCAGAUGGCUUUGUUAUUAUACGAGAUGUUCCUUCUGUCAUCAACUACAUACGGAAGUAUUUUACAGCCCUAAGAUGGGAUGGAUGGUUAUCAGAAGUGGAACCUAGGGUUGAUGCUCUUUCCAAAGUAGUAGAAGAAAGAGUUCUAAUUGCAAGAAAGAAGUUGUGGGAGAAUGAAUUAGCAACGGUCUGAUUUUGCUGCAUUUUUCAGUUUUACCCUUGUAGGAAAACCAAGUAUUACAUACUUUUAGAGUCCUUGGCUCCCAGUUGAAAAUGAAGAUUGGGGAGCUUCGAUCAACAGAUAAUAUAUUUAUAUUUGCUGCGGUGGCCAUUUUCCCAUUGACUUUCCCCGGUAAUCGUUGCUGAAGAUGAAGAUGAAGAUGAAACGAUACAACUGCCAUGAAGAUGGUCAUUUUUGACAGAAUGCACGUAAUCAAUGAAAUACAUUGACAAUAACUUUAUUUUUUUUUUCGGCAUGCGAGAAGAUUAAUGUGACAUUUUUCAACUUUUAUCAAAUAACUUUUUAUA